AACGUCAUUUAUAUUCAAUUUCAAUUUUCUCAAAAUGGGUGCAUUUUUAUGUCGUUUUAAUAUUCGCAAGAGAGAAGUCGAAGCGCAUCGAUGCAGUAUCAAAGUGGAUGAAUCAAUGAGUUUCUUGCCUCCUCUUAGGAGAAAUGCAAGUUGUUUCCAACGAUUCCGACGUUCAUUUAAGAAAAGUACACUCAUAUCGGAACGCAAUCCACAAAGUGCCGAUUAUUACAGAAGUAAGGCCGAAAUUCUGAGAAUAAGAAAAGAGCAUGUGAUGUCAAAAUCUUGGAUAAUUCACCCGUUUAGUAUUUUUCGAGCGUACUACGAAAUGUGGAUGACACUAGUUUGGAUUUUAGUACUUUUUCUGAUGCCGGCUGAUGCAGCAUUUGAUUUGAUAAACGCUUCCCAUCAACACUUGCUUCAAGAAGAAAGGAAGGACGUACCAAACGAAAUUGAUCCUUUAAAUCUGUGUUUGCGAUUAUUGAGUAUCAUCGAUAUAAUAAUGACGUUUUUCACCGGUUUUCCUGUUAAAAAAUCACGAAAGGUUGUCAUGCACCAGUGGAAAAUAGCCAAGAAAUAUAUCUUUAGUAUUUAUUUUAUUACUGAUCUUUUGGCUUCCCUGCCUCUAGAAUUGGUGAUCAGCGAUCAUAACACUCAAUCUUUGGUCGAUGUUUUCUCAUUUUUGAGGAUAAUACGGUUACCGACUUUGUAUUUUUAUAUGACAAGGAGUCUUGAUGUUUUGGGGGUAAAAAGUAUCACAAUUCAGAUGUUAAAGAACAUUCUUGUCAAUUAUCUUGUGUUUCACUGGUUUGCCUGUUUUCAGUAUAUGAUACCGCAAAUUCGCUUUUACACUUAUGGAGAAAUUUUGGCCGAAUCUUGGGUUGAAAGAACAGACAUUCCCGAGUUACCUUUUCUUUCAAAGUACAUUGUUUGUAUAUAUCGAGCCGCAGGAGGUCUGCUUUGUAUCACUUUUGAAGAAAUUGCAGUUGACGUAUGGGAAGAGAAGCUUUUGGCUUUAGCUAGUUUUAUUUUCGGAAAAGUUUACGUUUUUUAUAUUACUGUUCUGCUUUUGAAUUUCUUGCUUAGACAAAGAUCUCUUGAAAUCAAAUAUUUUGAGACCAUUAGUCAGGUUCAAGCUUACAUGAGUCAAAAACAAUUACCAAUGUCAAUGCAAACAAGACUUUUGCAAUUUUACGAUUAUAAAUAUAACAAAAAGUUUUUCAAAGAAAGAGGGAUUACCAGUUUGCUUUCGGAUAAAUUGCGAGGAGAAAUUAACUUGAAUGUGUGUAGUAAAUUGGUACAAAACGUGGAAUUGUUAACCCAUCUUCCACAACAAACUUUGGAACAAGUCGUCGCUAAUUUGAAGGCUGAGAUUUACUUGUCUAACGAUAUUAUAAUUAAAGCGGGGUCUGUGGGUGACUGUAUGUACUUUCUGGCAAGUGGAACAGUCGGGGUGUGGACACCUUCUGGUAAAGAAGUGUGUCAUCUGCAUGAUGGUGCCUACUUUGGGGAGAUUUCACUGGUAUUCAAGGAUAAAAGGAGAACUGCCAAUAUCGUGGCUGUUGAAAUUUGUGAAGUCUAUAAACUGGACAGAAGAGCUUUUAAGAAUUGUUUCAAAACUAACUCCGAGUUAUACAAGAUGCUUGAAGAUGUGGCUAAUGAGAGAAUGGAAAUCACACAAAUGUAUGAAGAUGUUCACACUAAAACUUUUAUGGAAAUGAGCCACUGAAUACUUUUUCUUGGUAUAAAGUAAUUGUUUGGGCUUGUUACCAAAUAUUUUGUUAUAAAAUAUUGUUCAUCUAUUUGUUAAAU